CGCUUGCGCUCUCCGUUAAAAAUGAAGCGAGAGCGGACGUGACGCUUGGGCCGGAUGUGAUACUGGUUGUCGCUGGGCCGAAUGUUAUAGAGAUUGUGCCGGCUUUAAGAGGGUGGGAAAAUGGUGGUGACGAUGAGGAGUUACUAACGGCAACAGGAACGGCUUCGUAUCGGAAAUGUAUAGGUCCGUUUCAUCAUGGAUAGUGAGGAUAGCCCAGAACCAGCAACUCCAGAAGCAAAAGUUGUGUAUUGGAAAGAACUGGCUUUGAAAUACAAAAAAAGUUUUCUGGAAACACGUGAAGAACUAGAAGAAUUCCAGGAGGGAAGCAGGGAGCUUGAGGCUGAGUUGGAAGCACAGUUGGAGCAGGCAGAGCACAGAAACAGAGAUUUAGUAUCUGACAACCAAAGACUAAAACUGGAUUUGGAGUUAUUAAAGGAGAAACUUGAACAACAAUAUGCACAGAGUUAUAAACAGAUAUCUAUGCUAGAAGAUGACUUGGGUCAAACAAGAGGUAUCAAAGAUCAAUUGCAUAAAUACGUAAGAGAAUUGGAGCAGGCAAAUGAUGAUUUAGAACGAGCCAAAAGAGCUACCAUAGUGUCAUUAGAAGACUUUGAACAACGGCUGAAUCAAGCAAUUGAAAGAAAUGCAUUUUUAGAAAGUGAACUUGAUGAGAAGGAGUCCCUUCUUGUUUCUGUUCAAAGGUUGAAAGAUGAAGCCCGAGAUCUGCGUCAAGAAUUAGCAGUAAGGGAAAGGCAGGAAGUAACAAGAAAAUCUGCCCCUAGUUCACCAACUCUGGAGUGUGAGAAGAUGGAUACAGCUGUUCAAGCAUCCCUUUCUCUACCAGCCACUCCUGUAGGAAGAACUGCUGGCAAUGGAUUUGCUUCACCCAAAGCUAUACCAAAUGGCUAUGGUACAAUGCCAUUAACUCCAUCAGCAAGAAUAUCUGCACUAAAUAUUGUUGGUGAUCUUUUAAGAAAAGUAGGGGCCUUAGAAUCAAAGUUAGCAGCAUGCAGAAAUUUUGCAAAGGACCAAGCAACACGAAAAAGUUACAGUUCAGGGAAUGGUAAUGGUACCUCUGCUAUGGUCAACAAUGCAAAGUUUUCUAAUUCAGGUCUUGCAACAUAUUUUGACAAAGGAAAAGAGAGAGUCUUUUUCACCAAGUUUAUCAUGGGGUAGUAAAUGGUCUAGACCAAGGACCUGCAGGAAUUGGAUCAGCAGCACCACCACCUUCACCACCAGGCAUGCUGCCACUCAGUGUCUGAACAGUCAAACUGCAUCUUUUUAUUUAAAACCAUCUACUUCAAGCAACAGGAUAACCCUGAUUACAAAUGGAGUGCACUGUGGUGUGUAGGAAUUUCUGAAUUAUCUUGCUUGUUCUUUAAGAUUUUGUUUGUUAAACAGUUUGCAUCUUAAUCUCUGGUAUACUGUCACUGCAGUGUAGUUAAUUUACCAUUACCAUUCAUGGGGAUUUUAAUGCUAUUCCUGUUGUACGUUACACCAGAUUUGUAUAUUGAGAAUUAAAAUUUGAAAUCCUAAGCAGUAUUGGAAAAGUCUACAUAUUUAAAGCUAACAAUGGUGUGUAUAUAUAUGAUAUUUGUUCAAGCCACUUAUACAAUGUAUGACUCUCCAGAUAAUUGGUCUGGGUUUCUCGGUUAUGUGCCUGGAUUUGGUGAUAUUUUAAAACACCAAUUCCUGUAAUUUUUAUUUUGAAUUGUACAAUUUUUGCUUGGUUUCUAAUGUCAAAUUUAUUAAGGAAGAUAUAUUUAAACAUUGUGUAAAUUGGUUUGUUUUUAAAAAAAGUACUGAAGUUGUAUAACAAACUUUUGAACUAUUUACAGCAUUGAUUUUUUUUGUUUCUAUGCAUCAACUCGAUCACUUUGACAUUUUAUUUUGUGGCAUAAUUUGGAAAAUUACAUUGGCUGUUUCUUGUUAAUGUAUAUAAGUUUGUAAACAUGACUUUGCCCAAGAUAUUUGUAUAUAGCUUGGGCUUUCUAGCAUUAUUUAUUCAGAUUCUAUAUGGCAUGUUUAAUAAAUGAAGCAGUUUACCAGACAGUUGUAACAAAUCAUAUGAUAUCAUUAUGUAGAACCUGCUGUCUAAACUUCUGAAAAUAAAUUUGUUCUUUAAACAGU